AAGGGAAGCAUUGUUGUUUGAGCCCAAGGUGAUCAAUCAUGGCGGAAGGCCCAAGAAUUUGGCGAGGCCUUUCUCUUAUCAGCUAGCUCCAUAGUCCACAAUCAAGGAUUGCUAUGCAAAAUCUGCCGGUCACCAGGCGCGGUUCCAUUUCCGAUCUCCACCGUGUUAUUGGAGGGAACUUGAUUCCGAUCCUAAACUGAAUUUCAGCUUCGUUUUCCUAAUGUUUUAUCAUCAUCAGCAACAACCUCCACCUCCUUCUUCCGUCCCUCUCUAUUUCCCUCCUCACCCUCACAUUGUGAACGCUAACCCUUCUUCUUUUCAUCCUUUUCCUCAGCCUGUUUUACCUCCCGCCGUCCCUUCUGAGCCCGGCCUUCACCCUCCCGGCACCGACCCUUAUUCCAAUUCCACCGUAUUAACCUCCACCUAUGUUGGAUUGGAACCUCAACCCCAAUUUUAUGCUGACCCAUCUCUUGCUUCUCAUACUUGGGUCCUUCCGCAGCUCGACGCCGCAGGAUUUGCAUUCAAGUCUUUGCUUGAGAAUCAAAUAGCUUCCACGAGUUCUAAUUCUUUACUGAAUGGAAAUUGGCCAACUCAAUCCUUGGCAUACAAUGCCACUAGGACGAAACAUGUGAAGACCAAGUUCACCCAACCAGUUCGAUGUGAAGUUUGCAAAAUUGACUGCAACAGUAAAGAUGUUUUUGAUAAACAUGUAAUGGGAAGGAAACACAAGAAGAAUUUGGAAGUACCGAACAGUUCCCUGACUAGCAGUACUCCGUCUGAUGGUAACACAAUUGUGCUUAACCAAAUGGGCAACGUUAGUGGACAAGUGGCACAGGUGACUGCGGAUGUGCCUGCUGCACGUAAAGGUCUGAAGUCAAAGAAGCGUAAACUUAUAGAUACCAGUAUGAAAGCUGAUUGUACGAGGGUUUGUACUGUAUGCAACAUUGUUUGCACUAGUCAAGAGGUUUUUGAUAAACAUACGAGUGGGAAAAAGCACGCAGCUCAGGCUGCCUUAACAUCCCAAGUUCCCUAUGUUACUGCUAUUGGCCCUCAAUACGAUGGCAACUUGAAGAAGAAACUGAAAAAGAACAAGGUUGUUCAGUCCGCCUGGUGUGAGGUUUGCAAGAUCAGCUGUAACAGCAAUGAAAUCUAUGCCGUGCACUUAUCAGGAAAGAAACACUUGAAGAAUGUAGAAAAAGUCAAAAAAGGAACGAGUGAUGUCAGUACUUCAAGCACUCCACAAUUGGCAACGGUUCCAGUUAUCGGACCAAUGGAAAACCCGGCUGCCAACAACCCAAGUAGUGAUGGUAUACAGAAAACACAAACGAGUUCAACUCAAACACCAGAAGAACUGGAGACAAAGAAACGUAAGAUUGUCAAAAGCGGUUCAGCAGCAAAUUCUGUCAGAACCUGCACCAUUUGCAAUGUGGUUUGCAACAGCCAGACAGUGUUUGAUUCUCAUCUGGCUGGUCAGAAGCACGCUACCAUGAUGAAGAAACAAGGUGUUUCUGGAAUGUCAAUGGUAGUUCCUCCAUUAAUAACUGCACUUCCAAAUUAGUUUCUUUGGUGGUUUUCGCAACCAAAUCACUGUGUAUUUGUUUUCUGAUGUUUCCCAUAUCUUCUCUUUGUGAUGUAUUUUCUUAUACUUCAAGUUGUCAAGCUAUAUAUAUAUAGAUUGUUGAUAGGAGGCAGAGGGAUAUCAUAGAUUUCUAAUCACAUACAGGUGAUUUUGCAGUUGUAAACAUCGUAGAUAUAUGUACUUGGUUUUCAUGGUCAAGUUUCUAAUUUCUAAAAGAAAACAUAUUUGAUGACA